AUGAAACCUGAUGCUUUUGAGGUGAAGUGGGGUUUGCUUAUGAAGGAAUUCAAUCUUGAAGACACAAGAUGGUUUAAAGACAUGUUUACAAUACGUGAUUCAUGGAUACCUGGAUAUUUUAGUGAUAUUUCAAUGUGUGGUUUGAUGAAGACUACAUCGAGGUCAGAGAGUAUGAAUUCAUUCUUUAAUACAUACUCAGAAAGUGGGAACUUACUUUUGAGUUUCAUGAUGAAUUACGACACUGCCAUUCAAAAGCAAAGGAAUACUCAACGAGAUCUUGGUAAGGCAUCAAAGAAAGCAUCAUAUAAAAUGCAAACACCUCGAGAAAUAGAACUGCAAGCAUCAAAGGUUUAUACAAAUGGUUGGGAAGUUUACAUUGUGCAGCACAACAACAGUAAAAGUAAUUUUAAAAAUGAAUUUAAGGUUGAAAUAAAAGCUGAAGAAAAAGAAAUAAAUUGCAGUUGUGAACAUUUUAAGUGUAUGGGUGUUUUAUGCAGACAUGCUUUUACAAUAAUGAUGAGAUGUGGUGUUAAAGAAAUUCCUGAAAGGUACAUUUUGAAGAGAUGGAGAAAGGAUGUGAUAUCAAGAAAUUAUCGUUUUAGUUUUGUUCAAUCCGAUUCAGGUGAUUGUGAGAAUGUAAAGCUACUCAAUGAUUCAUAUUAUAGUUUUGAAUCAUGUUUGGAUAUUAUAAGAGAUGACAAAAGGAGAUUGGCUUUGUUUGCUGAGAAGCAACAAAUGUUGUUGAAGGAAUUUGAGAGUGAUUAUAUUUCUCCUGGAUUGAAAAGCAAGACAGAUGGUGAAGUUGUAUGCAAGCUUUUGGUUGUUACUAUUCCUAUUCCAGAAGAGAUUAAUAUUCAUGUUCCUGAAGUUCAAAGCAAUAAAGGUUCUGAAAUCAAGAAAAGAAUUCCAAGUGCAGGUGAAGUAGCAUAUGAAAAUUCUAAAAAAGAACAUAAAAUGUGUUCAGGAUGUGGAAAACGAGUUCCACACAAUUUACGUACUUCUCCAGAAAGAGUUGGAGCUACUAAAUCAGCAAAAGACAGUUAG